AUGCUCUUUUACUUACUCAUUGUGCUUGCUUCAGCCAUUGACUAUUAUCAAAUCCUUGGUGUUUCAAAACAAGCAACACAAUCUGAAUUAAAGAAAGCAUAUCGUACAUUAUCAUUAAAAUAUCAUCCUGAUAAACCAACUGGAGAUAAAAAAAAAUAUGAACAAAUUAACAAAGCAUAUGAAGUUCUUUCAGAUGAAAACCAAAGAAAAAGAUAUGAUGAAGGUGGAGAAGAAGCUUUAAAAAAUCCUGAUGGAAGAAAUGGAUUUGGUGGAUUUGAUCCAUAUAAUUUUUUCAGAGAUAUAAGACCACAUCAAAAACAUCAAAUGCCUAAUAUUGAAAUUGUAUUAGAUGUUACAUUAAAAGAUUUAUAUAAAGGUAAAACUAUAGAAGUAUUACAUAGAAAAAGACAAUUAUGUCAUCAUUGUCAUGGUACUGGAGGAGAUACACCAGAUGAUGUAAAAGAAUGUCCAGUAUGUCAUGGAAGUGGUAUUAAAAUGGAAACAAGAAGAAUUGGACCUGGUUUUAUUCAACAAGUCCAAAGUACUUGUGAUAAAUGUGGAGGAAAAGGAAAAUUAUAUGGAAAAGUAUGUCAUGUUUGUAAUGGAAAAAAAGUUGAAGAAGGAGAAACUACUAUUUCAGUAACAAUUAAUAAAGGAAUGAGAGAAGGAGAAAUUAUUAAAUUUGAAGGAUUUGGAGAUGAAAAACCAGAUUGGAAAACAGGAGAUGUUAUUUUUAAAAUUCAUACAAUUGAAAAUCCUAAUUUUAUACGUAGAUGGGAUGAUUUAAGAACAACAUUACAUAUUACAUUAAAAGAAUCAUUAAUUGGAUUUACAAAAGAAAUAAAACAUCUUGAUGGUCAUAUAGUUAAAAUAGAGAAAAAAGGUAUUACACCAUAUGGAAGUGUUAUUAGUAUAGAAAAUGAAGGUAUGCCAAUUAAAAUGAAAGAAACAAAAGGAAAAUUAUUUGUUGAUAUAGUUGUUGAUUAUCCACAUUUUCUUAAUAACCAACAACAAGAAGCAAUUGAAAAAUUAUUUUAG